GUCGGACGAGAACUCCGGACGAGAGUCGGAAUCGGUGUCGCGAGGUGGUCUCUUCGAGAUCCUCUUCAGGGUCCUCCUCGAGGUGAACGGAAGGAAACUCCGGCUGAAGGACUUGGAAAGUGGCCGAUAGAAGAAAGGAACCACUUCCGGUCCCGGAAGUUCGGUGCUCGACAAGGGGGACUUCCGAAACUGAGUGCGUGACCUGGGCCAGGUGCACCCAGGGGUGGACCAGGUGGACCAGGGCAGGCAGCCCUGGGGUGCGCCGGAGAUGGAUCGUCCGAGGACUCUGCUCGUGCUCUCGCUCGCCCUGCUCUUCUGUCCUGCGCAAGGGAACGAGGGCGGAGGAUGCGGCUACCCGGGCGCCCCUGCCCACAGUAGCGUCAGGUUCACGGGAGGAGGCAUCGAGGACGUCAUCGACGAGCAGGAAGCCUUGCCGAAGGACACCACCCUGCCGGAAGGCACGGUGGCGACGUAUUCCUGUGAAAGAGGCUUCGAGCUUCUGGGACCAGCGCGCAGACAGUGCAACCAAGAUGGCGUCUGGGUGCCCGAAGGAGUUCCCUUCUGCGUCCUUAACGUGGCCGGGGGCAAGGCCCCGAUGCAGUCGAGCAGCACCGACGGCGGAAUUCCCCAGCGGGCGGUGGACGGAAGCAGCGGGCAGAUCUUCACCCCGCAGACUUGUACCCUGACGAGGCAGGAGUUGCGACCCUGGUGGUACGUCAACCUCCUGGAGCCCUACAUGGUCCAGCUGGUGCGACUGGACUUCGGCAAGCCGUGCUGCGGCGAGGACGUGCCGGGCACCAUCGUGGUGCGCGUAGGGAAUAACAGACCCGACCUGGGCACCAACCCCAUCUGCAACCGGUUCACCGGCCCCCUCGAAGAGGGCCAACCACUCUUCCUGCCCUGCAAUCCUCCCAUGCCAGGAGCCUUCGUCUCGGUGCACCUCGAAGCAGCCUCGCAGGUCCCCAUCCCGGUGCAGCUUUCCCUGUGCGAAGCCUUCGUCUACACGGACCAGGCUCUCCCAAUCGAGAGGUGUCCGCAGUUCAGGGACCAGCCUCCAGGCUCGACGGCGACCUACAACGGGAAGUGUUACAUAUUCUACAACAGACAGCCCUUGAACUUCCGGGACGCCCUCGGUUUCUGUCGUUCCCGAGGCGGCACCUUGGUGGACGAGAGCAACCCUGCUCUCCAGGGAUUCAUAUCCUGGGAGCUCUGGCGUCGUCACAGGAGCGACACCUCGAGCCAGUACUGGAUGGGCGCGGUGAGGGACCAGAAGGACCGCACCGUCUGGAGGUGGACCGGAAGCGGGGAGGAAGUGUCCGUGUCCUUCUGGAGCCUUCCUCAAGGUACCGAGGAGGACUGCGCCCGGUACGACGGAAGCAGAGGAUGGCUCUGGUCGGACACCCCUUGCACGGCCAGGUUGAACUACAUCUGCCAACAUCAGCCACGAGCUUGCGGCCGACCGGAGCAGCCUCCAAACUCGACGAUGUCGAUCAGGGUCCCCGGGGAAGGCAGCUCCGGGAACAGCUACGAGGUAGGAGCCACCGUCGAGUACAGCUGCGACCCUGGAAGUCUCCUCAUAGGUCCUGCCACUAGGACCUGCCUGGACACAGGAUUCUACAACGAGUUCCCUCCGGUCUGCAAGAACAUCGAGUGCGGCUACCCCGCGGGCAUCAGACACGGCGAGUACACCUUGAUUAACAACACGGUGAGCUACCUGAGCCAGGUGCAUUACUCCUGCGAGGAGGGGUACGAGAUGACUGGUCGCGCGCGAUUGACCUGCGACAUCGACGAGCGCUGGAACGGCCCUCCACCGCGCUGCGAGCCGAUCAGGUGCGACCCCCCUGCGACUAUUCUUCAUGGUUACAUGCAGAUCGACGAGAUCAACGUCGAGGAGGGUCCAGGAAGCGGCAAUCGAAGCCUUCUCGUUGGUAGCAUCGUGACCUACGCGUGCGAGAAGAGCUACAGGUUGAACGGCCCGAAGCAGAUCCUGUGCCUGGCCACAGGGUCGUACGACCACGCUGCACCCACCUGUACAGAAGAGCCUCGCUCGACGACAACGAUCCCGCCUCGGAUAACGAUCCGUCCCUCGUCAACGAGGAGGCCAUACCAGUCCACGAGGACCCGCUCGACGUCGACGACGACGACGACGACAUCGAGAACGACGUCGGCUCCCUCAAGCACUACGUCCACCCCACCCCGGAAGAUCCUGGGAGGUGCCGAACUCCCGGCCACUGUGAAGGAAACGGCGGUGAAGAGGCCCUCGGUCGGCCUCCAGAGGCCCAUCGCCACGACCCAGGACGACCGAGCGGACCACCCACAGGACAACGAGAUCUCCGGAAGCGGGGUGGACAAUGCAAAGGCGACGAUCGGAGCCGGGGUUCCGGAGCCCUCCGGACCGCUCAGGGUGGACAGGUCCGACCAACCGACGCACCAGGCCAAGUUGAACCUGGGCGCGGUGAUCGCCCUGGGCGUCUUCGGGGGAUUCGUCUUCCUGGCGGCGGUCAUCACCACGGUGGUCAUCCUGAUCAGAAGGAGCCGCGGUCGAAGCAGCAAGCACUACCGGCACCGGGCCUCGCCGGACUGCAACACCGUGGCCAGCUUCGACAGCAGCUCCUCCGAGAGUCGUGGAGGCCUCAACAGGUACUACAGGCAGGCCUGGGAGAACCUCCACGAGAGCGCCGGCCACAAGGCCAACCACGCGCCCCUGCGCCGCAAGGAGACCCUCGACGAGCCCGGCUACAGGGAGAACUACCGCCCCGGUACCACCGAACGCGACGGCUCGGAGCUCGUCGUAAGCGACGUCGCCGCGUAUCCGGCCAGCAAGCACGCCAGCGUGUCCGACAAGAAGCGUCAUCAUCAUCACCACCAUCACCACCACCACGGCAACGGCACCGCCUCCGAGUGGAGGCAGACCCAGACGCACCAGAGAUACUGACCGGUGCCUUGAAGAGACACGAGCAUCGACUCCAGGGUUCGCACCUCGACCCGGUAGCGGUCGUCGCGCCCUGGUCCUGG